AUGUCGCUGCUCCGCCCUUCCGACGGAAUAAACUCCAGGCCGCAGGACAAAUUGUCCGACAAGCUGCACAACCCCGUCGCCCUGUUACAACCGAACUGGCUCACCGCUUUGGACUUCCCGCUAACUCUGAAUCGUGUUCAAGACCGGCUAUACCUUGCAUCCUACACGCAGGCUCCAACUCCCGAAACAUUCUUCCCCUACCCCGAAGCGCCUGUCCGAUCACCGAACAAGCGGUCCUCCAGGGCCGUUAACGGCCCCACCCCGGUUGCGGCCAAGUCAGACCGCCAGCCGCCCUGCUACUUCACCGUGGACGACCAGCUCUUCUACAAUGCUUUCCACCAUGAUUUCGGCCCGUUCCAUGUCGGCCACUUGUACCGAUUUGCCCUCCAGUUUCACGAUGUGCUCGGCGCAAAGGAGAACCAGCACAGGCCAAUCGUGUUCUGGAGUCGCGCCGACCCUAGAAGUCGUGCAAACGCCGCCUGCUUGCUCGCAUGCUACAUGGUUCUGAUUCAGUCAUGGCCACCUCAUCUGGCACUGGCCCCUAUUGCCCAGAUUGAACCCCCUUUGAUGCCUUUCCGCGAUGCAGGCUACAGCCAGGCAGACUACGGUAUCACUGUUCAGGAUGUUGUAUAUGGUGUGUGGAAGGCCAAGGAGGAGGGCUGCUGCGCCUUGGACAACUUUGACCUGGACGAAUACGAAAAAUACGAAAGAGUCGAGCAUGGCGACUUCAACUGGGUCACGCCUCACUUCCUGGCGUUUGCCUCGCCGCAACAUAGUCCUGUGGCCAAGGUCGAUCAGAACAGCGAUGCCUGGGCCAUGGUGCCCAAGACCCUGGCUGCCGUUGAGGCCCACCCUAGCCUGCCUCAGCCAUUCAAGAACGUCUUGAGUCACUUUGACGAGCGCAAUAUCGGCCUGGUCGUCCGUCUCAACUCGCCUCUCUAUUCGCCUUCGUACUUCGAGGCCCUCGGAAUCCAGCACCUGGACAUGAUCUUCGAAGAUGGCACAUGUCCCCCGCUGAGCACAGUUCGCAAGUUCAUCAGGCUUGCGCACGAGACCAUCACUGUCAAGAAGAAGGGCAUUGCGGUCCACUGCAAGGCUGGUCUUGGUCGCACAGGUUGCCUCAUAGGAGCGUACCUGAUCUACCGCCACGGCUUCACUGCGAACGAGAUCAUUGCAUUCAUGCGGUUCAUGAGACCCGGAAUGGUUGUUGGACCCCAGCAGCACUGGCUGCACCUCAACCAGGGCGUCUUCCGAGAAUGGUGGCUUGAAGAGAGAAUGGAGCGCAAGCUAAGAAAGGAGAUGGCUGCCAACCCCCAACCCAGCACACCGAUUCGGGCCAUGCAAAAGACUUCCUUGGGCCGCACCAACUCGACACCCCACAGGUCAGGUUCAGGCCGCACCCCUCUGGGCGAGGUCGACCAGGAACGUAACAACAUCGGCGUUCAAGAGGACUACCUCCCCGCGCCAACGCCAGGCCAGCCGCGCAAGACCAGCCGGGUUGAUCGCCACCAUCCUUACCAGCGUAACCCGAUCAACGCAACCGUUGAGGAAGAGGAGGGCGCCGGCCGCGAGACCGAGAUCAUUUCUGUUCACAAACAGUCCACGGGCUCUGAAUCGGAGGAAGAAAUCCACCUGCGUACGCGAACCCACCGUAAAGCUUCACAAUCGCCCGCGCGAAGUGAGAAGUCGAGGUCGAUCAGCCAUACUACGACAACCACAACUGUCUACGAGGUCAUUGACAAUGACGCUUCCAACGAUGCCGAGAACAUCGGCAGCGGUCGUCCCAAGAACAUUGAGCAGAUCGCCUCGUCUCCUACUCGCUCAGCUAGUGCCUCUGGCGUUCUGACGAAAGUACGGAGCAGCAAGCGUUCCACGGACUCGAGUCGAUCUUCGGGUUCCACUCAGUCCGGCGUUCGCAAGACAAGUGGACGUGUGGGCAGUGUCAAUACCUCGCCGAGCAACACGGCGCGCAAGGUGUCGGCGGUAUAG